AUGUCGCAUUCAUAUCGCGAUGUUUUCCAGACCUUUCCCGCCUAUCGGAAGGGAUCGCCUCCAGUUACGUCUGAUGCUGACCGUUCUCUCGAGUUCCCUCGCAGAAAUGGCUCUCAGUACAGACCGAAGUUGAAAUGCCAAUCGGCAUCCCAAGCAAUCGAUGUCAGAUCAGAUGGUGACAAGGAAACUUCAUCGCUGCCUCUAGUUUGGGAGACCCGGUAUGAUGUACUCGUGUGCGCCGGACGGCUGAGUUGGGAGAUCCCGUAUUCUUCUGGGACAAGCUUCAUGCGCCAGGACGCCGUCAUCUCAAAAUAUCACAUCAAUCACGGUCUUGAACAAGCUCUCACGUAUCAUCAGGAUAUUCCUGAAAACGCCUAUAAUUCAGCAGAUAAUCACAACAAGGUCGAUAACAACCAGCGUUCGGCAACUCCCGAUCCCGACCCCGCCAUCGUAGCAUCGCAUACUAGGGCCCGCAGCUACUCUACGCAUGGCCUUUCGUCAAAAGAAUCUCUAGAUGUUGACAUAUUGAAAGCUCGCGACACUUUCGUUCCCCUGAAAUCUCCUCUUGAGCUAACGGAGCAGUCACGAUCACUCCCUCCCCGGGCAAGACGUUUAGCUGAGUCAAGCUUUGAUGCUAGGGCGGAACUGGGUACUAUCUAUCUGUUUCUGGGUUUAGGGGGGUGUAAACCGUCCCCGUCCCUGCUCCUUCCUUAUAUGGGGCGUCCCUGCUUCCUUUUUUCCCAUCUGCCGCUUUUUUGGUCGGAAAUGGUAAUCCCUUACCUCACACCUUCCGUUUUUCAUUUAAGAUUUCGUAUCAAUACUGACCAGCAGUGGGAUGCUCCAAUUCCAAAGACGUCACUGCUGGUAUUUGCUGAGCCUUCCCUGUCUCCAGCUGGCUUCAGACUACCGACUACAUAUCUAAGAGAGUGGCAAAAUGCAAAAUAUAAAGUGUGA